UGACAUAAAGAACUGUGUGAUUAUUGUAAGCAUUGCUGUGAUGCUCGUUGACACGGUGGUAUGGUUUGUUUAUAAAGUGGGGGAAGGAAGGGAAGUGAUCAGAGUUAGCAGAGUUUUGAGGCCUCUCCUCAUUAUCAACUUCUCAGAUAACCGAAACCUGAGAAAACUUCUGAGAAACAUCAAGAAGACUGUUGUUGACGUUAUCAGUGUUCUUGUGUUAAUCUUCCUUUUCAUAGCUAUCUUUGCUAUGAUGGCCACCAAGUUCUUUGAAAGACGGACCCUGCUAGACCCCCACGGAGACCCUUACCUCGACAACUUCCUGGACUCCUACUGGAAUCUUUACGUUCUCAUGACGACAGCAAACAGUCCGGAUGUAUCUCUACCAGCAUUCCGGAACGAACAGCGUUCUUUUUUCUUCAUGCCAUUCUCAGUCAUCACCACCUUCAUCCUCAUGAACAUCCUGCUAGCAGUGGUGUACAAACAUUACAAAUUACACUUACUCGAAGAGGUAAAAGUUGAUGUAGGCAUAAUCCAAGGCAACCUACUUAAGGCGUUUACUCUGCUUAAAGACCCGGACACUAACCAUAUCCACAAAGAUGUUUGGCUUAAGGCCUACAGAGAAUUCGGAUGUCCAGAUGCUCUUCAUUCGCUCUACUGGGACUACAUGGCCCCAAAUAAAGAACUCCCAGGAAUUUCCCUGCAAGCGUUCUUCAAGAUCACUGACCUCCUUUCUUCUGAAAUAAUAAUAGUGAUAACGAAGAAGACAUGGUUGGAAUUACAAUUUCCCUUCAUUUACAACUGCAGCCCCUCGUGCUACUUAAGAUGUGCUGUGGAACAUUUUGCUUUCACGUUAUCAUACGAUGCUCUUAUCUUCGUUAAUGCAGUAGUUCUCUCAAUAAGAUCAGCCCCCACUUAUCUUGAAGACAUAUUCCUGGUCCUGUUCAACAUUGAGAUUGCGCUGAAGGUGUAUACGUACGGCCCAAGAAAGUUUGCUAGCACAGCCUGGAACUGCUAUGAUUGCCUAGUGAUUUGGAGUGCUACAAUAUUCUCGCUGGUGGUAGACGUGGAGGGUCUGCACGACUCCAAGGACGAAGAGUUGAGCGCUGUCUUCCUCGACAUGGUCUUGACACUCCGAGUGUUGAGGCUGUUGAAGCUUCUUCUCAGCAUCCCGCAACUAAGAUUGAUUGUAAGCACGCUGAUGCAGAUCGUGCCCAGCAUGGGAUCCUACGCUCUCCUCCUCUUUCUUUUCUACUACAGUUAUGCAAUAGUAGGAAUGGAGCUGUUUGCCGGGAAGAUCCUCAACGACACAGUCAACUGUGGGAACGAGGCCUUGAACCACACAGAUUUCGUCAGGGAGGGUUACUGUGUCCUGUCAUUUAACAACGUGCUCUACAGUUUCGUGGUCCUGUGGACGCUGACCCUAGUAAAUCAAUGGCACAUUCUUGUUGGUGGUUUCGUGGCUGUCACCUCCAAGGCGAGCAGGCUCUACUUCCUUUCUUUCCAUGUGCUUAUUGUACUCAUAAUACUCAACAUCUUCCUUGCAUUUGUGAUUGAGGCGUUCAUGUUGCAAAUAGAGCUGGAUAAGAAAAAACAAGAAGGUAUAGACGAACAUUUGGAUGAGCGAGGGAUGAACGCAAGAAGAGAGUCACAUCCUCAGGACCAACCAGUCUGGUACAGAUCUUCCUCUUUAACUAACAGCAACGAUGUGGACGCAGAAGGUUUAAAGAAGAUCUACAUCGGCACAACACCCCUCGACGAAAAGAUUAAGUACAAAAGACAGAAGAGCACCAAGUCGUACAAUCAGCUUCUACUGGAGAUGUUCCAGGAGGAUAUCCAAGCAGAAGAUACACCCCCUGGGGAGACAUCCCCCGGACAUUCCGGAGUAACGGAACGCCAGGUAUCAGACCAGGCAGGUAAACGGAGACUCAGCUCCGUGAGAGAAGAUGAUCCUGAGCUGGUUGAGACUGAUCGAGUACCCACUCCUGAGUGUGGGUCGUUAGAGGAAAUCGAUAUCAUAUGAACGGUAAUGACUACGUGUCUUGUGGGUCGUUACACUUACAGGACAUGGAUAUCAUAUGAACGGCAAUGACUACGUCA